AAUGUUGUGGCUAUCGAUGAAGCAUUCAACUAAAAAAUACGCGGUGCUACGUACGUUUGAUUUUAUACAAAUAUGCAGGCAUCAAUAUAUACAAAGUAAACAGUCGUUUCUUGAAAUCCUAAAAUGAAUCGUCUGCAAGGAUUUGGCACAUUGCUGCGAAAUCGGGGAGCUUUCAGCCGCUGCGAACCAUGGCACCGAGCCUUAAUGAAAACACAUAACUCAGAAAUGGUAAAGCCGAGUCCUCUCUCAUUCCUUCGCUCCGCAUACAGAUCCCUGCGUUGUCGUUUAAUGCGCAAAAUGUCCUCCGCAAUGCGACGACGACGCUCGAGCUUAGGCAUUUUAGAAAAGGUUCCAAUUGAUGUGACGAAUGAGCCAAAUUUUGGUCAAUUACGGCUGCCAUUAACUACGCGUCAGUUUCAAAAAACGUUGCCCACGCAUGAAAAGAUGCUGCCCACUCCAAAUGUCUGGGCCAGUUUGCAUGCCCAGCGUACAAUUGCCACCAUGAACGAUAGAUUGGACCGAGCCAGGACUGGCAAGCGAUUCUCAACGGAACGCUCAAGACUGCCCAGCCCGGUGAAGUUACCAAAGCUGGGCAAGAAGCUCAAAAUUGACAAGGUGCCACGGCCUGAAGUGCCCAUUUUUCAUCUUAGGAAAGACUCGCCAAAGCGAUCCACACUCCAAGAAAAUGCGAGAAAAAUUACAAAACUCCCUGAGUUGCAGAGGAAAAUAAUUAAAAAACGCUUUGAGGUACCCAUUUUUCAAAUUGCCAAGAAGCAGCAACAAUUAGGAAAAACCGAACACCAAAGCAGAGUUUUACCCAAGCUCAAGCCACAGCGACACUUGACGACAGUUCUCCCCAUACCGAGACGCACCGGCUGUGUACAGUAUUUCAAGUGCAAGCAUCCGUUGAUGCCCAAGAAGAGCACACCAGUGGUGAGAUUCCUCAAGUCGCCAAAGCAGACUCAACACGGCAAUAAAUCAUACGAGACACGUCUAAAAGCAUUCCACAUCGCGCAGCCGACUCAUCUGAAGAUUCAGCAGGGAAUGGAUAAAAAUAAUUCAAAUGUUAGUCGGCAGCAGAGGCAGACGGGCACAUUGCACGGACUGGCCAAAUCGUAUGGGCCGAGGAAGAGUUUUGGACUGUCGGGUUGCAUCCGGGCACAUUCAAAUACGCAGCCCAAUGAGAACAUGAACAACAAACGGCGCCAGCUGAAGAAAGCUAAAAGUGUGCCAAAGCCAAAGCCACCAACAAUGAUGAAUAAAAAACGAGAGAAGCGGGAAAAUCUCGGCCACCUCCUGGAAGAUCUAUUGGACAAGAAGACAUUGAUGGAAUGCAGAAGCAUUAAAUUUAAAAAGACUGGUCCAUUGUUUAAGCUGGUUACCAGCAGCAUCGAGGGACGCAGCAAUCUGUACGAUGGCAAAUUCGAGAAACAACUCAAGAAACCUCUGAUUUAUAAUUAUCCGUUCGUUAGAAAUCUAAGUCAAUCAUUUAGUGUCAACUAUCGUCCAGCAUUUGUAAUGGAAGAUAGAUCAUUUUUGGAAAUCAAGCCGGAUUUGAACGACAUCUAAGUAGCAACAAGAAUAUUGUGGCUGGAUUUAUAAUAACAUUUAUAAUUAGACAAUUGUCACAAUCUAACUGCAUUAGUCUUAUAUUCCAGCAUCACAGUGCGAUAUUCUGAUUAAUUGUGCUCAAAACUAAAUUCUAUACAUCGAUUACCCAAAUUCAAAGUUACACAAUUGUAUUCAAUUUAAUGUGCAUUUUAUCUAAAAUAUGUAUGAAGUCAUAUGAAGAAGCUGUGUGCAAUAUUAAUAAUAAAUAAAACAAACGAUUAGA